AAUCACUCCAUUGAAGAAGAAGAAAACAAAAUGUUGCUGUCGAUGAAUGUGUUUGAUCAUCAAACAACACGACCCAAGUUGUUGCAUUUCCCUUCUUCUUGCCAUGGAAGAAGAAUUCAACACAAACCACCUGUUCUUGUUUCUUUUCCUGCAAAAACGGAAUUCAAUCCCAAGUUCUUGCAUCCUUCUAGAAAAUCUGUCCUUGUUUCUUGUCCUGCAACAAUGAAAUUUCGUCCGGUACUGUUUGCAUCGCCUAGAGACAACGAAGAAUUUUCAUCUGACAAUGAAGAAGAAGAACAUGGUGGUGCAUUGAUUUUGUCAGAUAAUGGAGAGUAUGCGGUUAGAGAAGCCGAACUUGAUGAAGAGUUUUGGGCAUCAGCAUCGUUGAAAACAGAAGGACUUUACAAAUAUCGAUCGCAGAUCCGAUCUUUUAGUAGCUACGAAAAGGAGAAAUACGCCAAAGUGGAGUAUAGUGUGAUAAUAAAGCGAUAUAUGAUACGUCAUAUAGAACCGUUCAUGUGCAUUAUUGCUGUAAGAAAGGAAGGCGAGAAUCUGCUUCAAAAUGUUAUUGGAACACUGGAUCUUCGUGUCAACUAUCUGUUAGAGGGAGAGACUUAUCCUGAGGAACUUGUGAAGCGGGCAAAUCUGUAUAGCACCUUCAAAGAAAGAGGAUCAGAGAAAUGUGGCAUAAUAACGAACGUAACUGUUGCUGAGAGUGCACGUCAACAAGGUGUUGGAAGCAGCAUGCUGAAGUUUGCAAUUGAAGCUGCAAAAGAAGAAGGAGGUGUAAAGCAGGUAUUCCUACAAGUCCGUAGGGAUAACGAACCAGCAUUGGCACUAUACAGAAAAAUGGGAUUUGAGAUACUUGCAGAGGCGACUCCUCGUCUGGAAGAACAGAACCUAUACUUGUGCAGCAUAAAUCUGUAGUCAGAUUUUACUCAUUCUUUGGAACUAACAAAGGUUUUGUCUGAAAUGUAAAGUUCUGCGAUAGUAUUCAAUGAGAGCCAGCCUAAGAAAAACAGUACGUACGUACA